AUGAAGUGGAAGAUUAGUUUAAUUUCUUCAUCUGCUAACCACGAACCCAUCUCAUUGAGCCACAAUGAAUUAAUAACGUUAGGACGUGAUAGGUUAACUAAAAUUACUGAUGCCAAAGUUUCAAGAAAGCAAGUUGAGUUGGUUGCCGACUGCGAUUCCGAAGAUGGCCACGUCGUCGUUUCACUGGUUGGCAAGUUCGCUCAGUUGAAUGAUGAAGUACUAAAGAAGAACAGGAAAUACAUCAUGAAGUCUGGGGAUAUGCUGUCUCUGAAGACAAAUGGAUUUAAAUAUGAACUGAAAGUUGAAACUGCUGGGAGUGCAAAUGAAAAAAGACUCAAAAAUAAAUUCAAAAGUGAUGACCCAGACACUGAUGCUAACACUAGUAGUAAAGCACUCCAACCCCUUGUGAAGGCUUUCUGGGAGGAGGUGGACGAUGGCCAUCUCUUGGUCUACCAUUCAGAGGGACUUGUCUCUAGGGCUAAAAUUGCUGGCUUUGACCUCGAUGACACUGUAAUAACAACAAAAUCAGGCAAGGUUUACCCAGAAAACAUGCUUGAUUGGAAGUUCUUAUUUCAUGAUGUUCCUAAAAAAUUGGAAACUCUCCACCAGGAUGGUUACAAGAUUGCCCUGUUUUCAAAUCAGUUGGGCAUUAAAAGAGGAAAGAUAGAAGCAAAAGAUUUUAAAGAGAAAUUGGAAAAGGUUGUUAAGCAGCUCGGCGUACCUGUUCAAGCUUAUAUUGCUACAGGCACUGGUUUCUACAGAAAACCUUGCCAUGGAAUGUGGAAAAGAUUGAUUGGUAGCAAUGACAACAUUGAAAUUAAUUUGGCUGAGAGCUUCUUCGUUGGAGACGCUGCAGGUCGACCGAAAGACUGGCUGCCAAAAAAGAAAAAGGAUUUCUCUUGUAGCGACAGAUUGUUCUCCAUGAACAACGGUCUGAAGUUUCAAACCCCGGAUGAGUAUUUCAUAGGCCAGAAACCCGCCAAGUUCACUUUGCCUGAUUUUAUUGUUUUCACGCUUUUUGUUGAAGAUUUUUUUUACAAUUCUUCUUUUCUCUUGCAGAUCAUUGUGAUGGUUGGAUGCCCUGCUUCUGGUAAAAGUUAUUUCGUGAAGACGUAUUUGGUUCCACUUGGCUAUCAACGAAUUAACAGAGAUACAUUAGGUACCUGGCAGAAGUGUGUGAAGAAGUGUGAGGAUGCAUUGAAGAUGAAGGAAAAGGUCGUUGUGGAUAACACCAAUCCCGAUGUUGAAAGCAGGGAGAAGUACUUGAAGGUAGCAAGGCAGAUGAACGUGAGAUGCAGAUGCUUCGUUAUGACGUCAUCGUUCGAACACUCGAGGCACAAUGAAAAAUUCCGAGAGAUGACAGACAAACAACACCAACAGAUCAACGAAAUGGUAUUCAACUCUUUCAAAUCCAAAUUUAAAGAGCCAGAUCUAUCUGAAGGAUUCGAUGAGAUCGUUCACGUCAAUUUUAUUCCGAAAUUCGCAACUGAGAAAGACAGAUCUCUCUAUAACCAAUAUUUGCUUGAAAAAUAGACGCUGUUUAUAACUUCAUGACACUUCUUUGAUAUCUGUAGUUUCGAAAAAUUAAAUAAAUGUCAGUUUGAAGCGUG